CAACAACCAAACUCAAUAACAGGCCAGAUCUCUGCCCCUUCGCACUUACGCAAGCCAUCGAACUGCCUGCGUUCGCUCUCACAAUGGACGAUCUGGAUGAGAACUUGCCCAUGCACGAAGCAGAUAGUCCUGUGGCCGACGUCGGGCUUCCGGACGCAGGCGCUGAACCAGACGAUUUAUUAGCAGCAGAGGCCACAGAGGACAACGCAGACGCGCCUGCGGACGAGGACACCGUCGCAAGCGAGAACAACUCGGAAAAAGCGGCCGCCGACGAUGAUGAUAACGUCUCCGACAACGAGUCGCUGCUUUCGGACGUCGACGAAGCACAGUUCCAGGACUUCGAUCCCGCCGCCAUCUCGCUCGAGGAUCGACAGCAGAUCGCGAUCGACGACGAGAAUGUGAAGCUUCUGGGCGUGCACAAGCGCAAACGGGCCGAGGGUGAGGGUGACGACGCGACGCGGAAGAAGAAGAAGGAAAGGCGAAGAGACCGGUCGGAGAAGAAGAGGGCGCGCCGAAGAAGAGAAGCGGGUGAGGAGUAUGUGCGAGGCGACGACGUUGAGGGAGGCAGAAAACGAAGGCGUGCCGACGAUGGGGAAGGCGGUAGUCAUCGCAGACGAGACGAAGUCGACGAGAGCACUCUGACACCUGAAGAGAGAAAGAGGCGUGAACUUGACAGGCGAAUGGACGAAGCUCUCAAGAGCGGGAAGACAAGAAUUAGCAAGAAGGAUGGUAUUGAUCUCGAGCAAGCCGCGGACGAGGAAGUCUCUCGCAUGGCUCGUCGAAUGGCAGAAGCCGCUCGCCUUGAUUCCGAAGCUCGUCAACGCCAUGAACCAGCCAUGGCAAAGCUGCAACUGCUUCCUGAGGUCACUGCACUCCUCAAUCGCGGCGGUGCCAUUCAAGAGUCCAUCGUCGACCCUGAGAACGACCUUUUGCGUAGCAUAACGUUUUUCCUCGAACCAUCGGCUCCGGACGGCGCCCUGCCUGCGUACGCCAUUCAAAAGGCUCUCUUCGAUGUGCUUCCCAGGCUCCCAAUCGGCGCCGAGGAGCUGCGGGGAGACACGAAGCUGGGGCAAUGUGUUCUCUUUUACACCAAGAGCAAGAAGCCGGAACCGAACAUUAAGCGCGCUGCGGAGAGGCUGCUUACCAAGUGGAUGUCACUCAUGCUCAAGCGGCCGAACGAUUAUCGCAACCGCGACCUCAGCGUCAAUCAAGGUCCCACGAUUCCAGUUCGGACGGGCCGUCAAACUGCGGAAGAACUGGCCCGCGAGCGAGCUCUUCAGGACCCGACUUAUGCAAAUCGUGCUCGCAUUCAAGGUGGUCUAAGUACCUACACGAUUGCGCCGAAGCCGAAUGCCGUCGAGGGCGGCGGGCGUCCUAUUGCGUCGAAGAGUGAUGCCGCAUUUAGAAAGAUCCAAGCACGAAGUCAAGGUGCCCGACGUUGAAAAUUGCCUGUUUUUUUUUCCUUCCGGCGUGGUCCAUUUGUAGGGAACCUCACAAAGUUCAUGAGGUACACAAGAGGUUUGUUAAGGGAUGUAAGGGGUUCUUCAUCCGCGCUCCUGUCGAUUUUAUUGCAUCAGAGCAUGGCGUUCGAGGAGAAUGUAAAGGUCCGUACAAGGCUGAGGGGAUCUUGUGUAGGCAAGCAUAUAGUAGUGGCAUCAAGCCGAUGCCACGCGGACAUCAGAACACGACUUUUGAUGGUACGUCUUUGACACGGUGGAGUACGCCGUGCAUUUGACCCUGUAGCAUGUCGAGACGUACCUGGCAUAGCGCUUUUAAUGCGGAGUAUUCUCGCCACCGG